CCAACAUGAGCUGCGCCCAUGAACACGGGGACCACGAUCAUUCCCAUGAUCACGCCCAUUCGCACGAAGUGGAGGACGCCGAAGGAGAUUCGCUGUUCCAGUACAUUGACACGAGCAAGGUCCGGGUCUUGAACGCCUUGGACGAGGACCACCGCACCCAUCCGUUCAAAAGCGCGGCGCUCAAGAAAAGCAAGGAUACGUUCUUGGAGUCCAACGAAGAUGACCCGGAGUUGAUCUUGUACAUUCCAUUCACAGAAGCGGUGAGCAUCAAGUCCAUUUGCAUUUCGGGUGGCGAAGACGGACUGCAUCCCAAAUCCGUGAAAUUGUUUUCCAAUCGCGAAGACAUUGACUUUUCCAACGCCACGGAGUUACCACCGUUGCAAAAGCUCGACCUGGUCGAAGACUCUGACGCGCACAUCAACUACCCCCUUCACUUGCGAAAGUUCCAAGGAGUGAGCAGCAUCACGUUGUUCUUUGACGCGAGCUUUGGCGGCGACCAAACCCGCGUGUAUUACAUUGGGCUCAAGGGCGAAAGCAAAAAGUGGCGCCAUGGAGUCGUGGAAUGUGUGUACGAGAGCCGCCCUCAAUUCAGCGACCACAAGAUCCCUGGGGCAGCCAUGUUUGACUCGACCAGCAAAGACGCGGCGUAGAAUCGGCGGCUUGUUAAAUAUACACUUUGAUGCUUGGACUACUACUA